UUAUAAAAUGAAGGACUUCGACGAGUUAAUGACCUUGGUUGGGAGUCACGGACCUUACCAACGGUGGAUUAUGUGUGGGGUCGUCGGACCAAUUAAUUUCUUCAUUGGCUUCACGGUCAACCUCUUGUUGUUCCAGCUGAAAGUGCCAGACCAUUGGUGCCACGUCCCAGGCAUUGAAAAUACUUCGCUCUCGCCAGAAGAAUGGAAAAACCUUACUAUACCUCGAGAAGCCGACAAAUUUUCAAGCUGUUCCCGGUAUAAGGUGGAGUGGCUGGAGGAAGGAGCAGAGGAACCAUUCCUUAUCCACAACAUCACGCAAGCCUGUGAGCAAGGCUGGGAACACGACACGUCCGAGUUUCUUGAGACAAUGGCGACUAAAAACGAGUGGUUUUGUGAGCGGAAAGACUACAUCAACCACAUCUAUUCUCUCACUCAAGCGGGCCAUACCGUUGGGACUGCGAUCUUCCCGGUAAUUGCUGAUAGACUUACAGGUCGCCGGAUAAUGUUCUACGUGGCUCUUGCUAUACACGCAGUUUUCACAUUCCCCAUUGCGUGGGUGUCCAACUAUGGCGUCAUCUGCGCCCUGAAGUUCUUUGCAGGACUUGCAUUUGAGACGAUCAAUAUGAUGUCUUAUGUCUCUGGUUUUGAGUUCCUAGCUCCAGAAAAACGCACUACAGGUUCCCUCAUCACGUUUGUGGCAUGGACUUUUGGCAUAUGUCUGACAUCACUUACGGGAUGGCUGAUUCCUAGGUUUCAGUAUCUGGUAGUGAUCUCGUGCAUACCAGCUGUUUGUGGGUUCCUUUACUGGAGGUACCUGCCAGAGUCCCCGCGCUGGCUUUUGUCUCAAGGGAAGAUAAGUGAAUGUGCCACGAAUCUCUUGCUGGUAGCCCGCUCGAACAACAAGACCGAAGUAACCCGCGCGCAGUUGGAGACUGAACUGCGCAUACUGUGGGACCGACAGGAGAAAGAAGUGUCACUCUUGGAAGUCCUUCGUUACCCGAAGCUUCGUCUGAGGGCCCUCAUACUCUUAUACAUGAGGUGAGUGAUUUGACUUUAUCUUUUUCCUGCUAUUAGUAUUUAGUGUUAAUAUUCUUCUCAUGUUGGGUAGUUGGGUGUCCGAUUCUAGCUACUAAUGAGAGAAGCUGACAUUUUACUGUUUUUGUUCUGCACAAAAUAUUUAUUUCCAGUUCCUUAAAUUACCCGAUG